CACCAAGCUAUGGUAACGUCUCUAAAUGAAGAUAAUGAAAGUGUGACUGUUGAAUGGAUUGAAAAUGGAGACACUAAAGGCAAAGAGAUUGACUUGGAGAGCAUAUUUUCACUCAACCCAGAUCUUGCACCUGAUGAAGAUCUUGAGCCUAAUCCAGAGACACUACCACCACCUAGUCUAUCAGCCAAAGUAAACAAAAUUGCAAAGAGUCGACGAACUGUGGUCUCAGUUAAGAAUGACAUUCUUGCAAGAGAUAAUAGAGUGGUUGCUUCUGCACGUGCACGGCCUACUCAGCUUCCUGAACAGUCUUCCUCCUCACAACAGAAUGGUAGUGUUUCAGAUAUAUCUCCAGUUCAAGCUGCAAAAAAGGAAUUUGGACCCCCUUCACGUAGAAAAUCUAAUUGUGUAAAAGAGGUUGAAAAAUUGCAAGAGAAACGUGAAAAACGAAGGCUACAGCAGCAAGAACUUAGAGAAAAAAGAGCUCAGGAUGUUGAUGCUACAAACCCAAAUUAUGAGAUUAUGUGUAUGAUAAGAGAUUUCAGGGGAAGUUUGGAUUAUAGACCACUAACAACUGCAGAUCCUAUUGAUGAACACAGGAUAUGUGUUUGUGUACGAAAACGACCACUCAAUAAAAAAGAAACUUUAAUGAAAGACCUUGAUGUAAUAACAAUUCCUAGUAAAGAUGUUGUGAUGGUACAUGAACCAAAACAAAAGGUGGAUUUAACAAGGUACCUAGAAAACCAAACUUUUCGUUUUGAUUAUGCCUUUGAUGACACGGCUCCUAAUGAAAUGGUUUACAGGUUUACGGCACGACCAUUAGUAGAGACAGUAUUUGAAAGGGGAAUGGCCACAUGUUUUGCAUAUGGACAAACAGGCAGCGGAAAAACCCAUACUAUGGGUGGUGACUUUUCAGGAAAGAACCAAGAUUGUUCUAAAGGAAUAUAUGCACUUGCAGCUCGAGAUGUGUUUUUAAUGCUAAAGAAGCCAAAUUAUAAGAAGUUAGAACUUCAAGUAUAUGCAACAUUUUUUGAGAUCUACAGUGGUAAGGUUUUUGACUUGUUGAACAGGAAGACAAAAUUGAGAGUGUUAGAAGACGGUAAACAGCAAGUUCAAGUGGUGGGAUUACAGGAACGGGAAGUCAAAUGCGUUGAGGAUGUUCUGAAACUUAUUGAAAUAGGCAAUAGCUGCAG